CCUAAAUACCUUAAGGAGGCAUUAUUGCACACGUUUUAGUCGUUCUACAUUUUAAAGCAGCAUCUCGACCUUCUACCCACCCCUCCCACGACUGUUUGCUUUUUUUUUCUUGGCUCGGCUUGGGAAUUUGUAAGAGGAAAUGUGGGGGGUGGGGUUUCAUACAACGCUUAUUGAUACGCCUUACGAGCGAAAGAACCAGAACUAGCAAAAAAUAACCUCUCUGGUGUCGUUGUCCGUCCCCCACCCCGCGACCCCGGUUUCUGUCUCGUUCUCACGUGCUUGCGGACUUGGGGCGCUUCCGUGAUGGAAUGGAAUGGAAGCCAAAGAGCCUCAAGUUCCCAAUCUGAGGAAAGCAGCCUGCUGGACCUGCCUGAUGCCAUAACUCCAGAAAGCUUUCUAUUGAAGCCAAACCCUGGGGAAGAUGAAGCAUUUGAUUUAACACUACCAACGGUUGACGCAGGUAUUCAUUCAGCUCCAGUAGAAAAUGAUGAUCAUGCUGGAGAAAUGAUAACCCGAUGUAUUAUAGAAGUCCUUUUGAACAGUCUGUCCAAAGGCAACUCUCCGCUUAUUAAUCCACAGUGUAGGGAGCUUCUGAAGAAAGGUGAACAACAAAAACAAAAAGAGAAAAAUGUACAGCAAGGCAUGGAACUCGGCACAAGAACCUUAUCAGAAUCAGAAGAAUUAUCUAAGCAGUCAGAAGGGACUGUGAGGGAAGAACAAGAUGUGAGUGAAGAAGAGUUUAAAAGACAGACAGAUGGAGAUGCUAAGUGGCAUCUGGAAACAAAAAAAUAUGGGGGAAGCAGCAACCAACAAACUGCCUCUCAAGGGACCUCUUACGCUUUGGAUAGAGAUCAUAAAGAAGAAAAAAAGAAAGAGAAUGAAAAAGGAGCAGAGGAAGAUAAUUACAAAAGAAAUCACCCCAAUGGAGAUGGAGGCAAAGAAAAAAAGGCCAGUGGAGAAGUAGAAUCUGAGCCUCUAGGGAAAAAGUCUGUUCUUACAUCUGGAAAAGUGAAUGAGGAAGAUUACAAGCAUUCUCAUGGCCAAAAGUAUGUGGAAGAAAUAAUUAACAGUCAAGAAAGGGAAAAUGAAAACAGUGAGGAGGAGGAGGAAGAAAAGGAAGAGGAGGAGGAGGAAGAGGAGGAGAGUAAUGAAAAGUAUCGUCAUAGUUUUCAUGAAGAAUUUGAAGAUUCUUCAGAGCGGGAUGGUGACGAAACAGAGAAGCAAGACCACAAAUCAGGACAUUACCGAAAAAAACCAAGAUUGGGUAAGUCCUCUGAAUACAACAAUCAUCAUAUUGGUGAAAAAAGGGGUUCAUCUGAAGAGCCUAGUGAGGAAGAAAGUGAAUUCUGGGCUAAAAUGAGUCACCACCCCAACCAUUAUGAGAGAGGACAUUACUUUGUGGAGCCAAGAAAUGCUAUUGAAACGCAUAGGUCUGAGGAAAUGGAGAGGGAGAACAGGAACCAAGGAUACUGGGAUCAACACUACCCCAGCCAAGAGGAUAGUGAUGAAGACAUGAAGCCACAGAGUGAGGAAAAUGAAAGGAAACAGUAUCAGUACAUGAGGAAACGACUUUUCGGUGGACCAUCAAGGGAGAGCAGACAUCACUACGAAGUAAGGCUCCCUUACAGCAAAGCAAGGAAGGGAAAUGGAGGUAUGAAACAAAGCCACGAUAGCAUAAAUGAGAAACCACACCAUGACCAACCAAGUGUACAGCUAGAGAUGGCAAAACCACAAAACAAGGAGAGAGAAGAUGGAGGGCAGCGACUCAACAGCCAAGAAGAAAAGCACUACCCUAGUAAUGAUGGAGAGCUAGAAACUCCACACUACAGCGAGAGAGGAAAACACUUUGAGAAUAAAAGGACUCUUCUGCUAGAGGAGGGCUACCCAAGGAGCCACUAUCUUGUAGAAAAUGUAAAAAGAGCUUUAAAAUCAUUUUAUUCCCAACAGCCCAGGUGGAAAAACAGAUCUGUGGACAAGAACGCUGACAUCAUCAAUCCACUGUUGGAGAGUGAAGAAGAACUCAAGUCCCACUUGAACAAGAGGGAAUUCUUUCCUGAAUAUAAUGAUUAUGACUUGUGGGAGAAGAAACAGAUCUUGGAUAGCUUAAACCCCAAACAGGACAACAAUAACAACCCUGAGAGGCUAUACAAACCUGAGAUAAAAAGGCAGUAUGAUAGAAUGGAUGAGCUGGCCCACCUUCUGAGCUAUCGGAAGAAAUCUGCAGAAUUUCCAGAACUGUACAGCUCAAAAGAAGACGUUGAAAGGGGACACGUAAUAAGAAGUGGCAAGGACAAAUUUAAUCAGAGGCCUCUGACACCAGAAGAGGAGAAAGAACUGGAAAACCUGGCUGCUAUGGAUUUGGAACUGCAGAAGAUAGCUGAAAAAUUCAACAAUAAUCAGAGAGGAUGAAUGUUAUUUGACAUAAUGUGGUAUGGUGAAGAGUAGCUUUAUUUAAAGUAUCCCGUAUUUACUAGUAAAGUCACUGCCUCAAAUGUUGUUCUUCUCCCCAAUUAGAAAUAGUUUACCAUCCUUUAAAUAUAUAAUUUACAAUAGUACGAAGCAUCUUUCUGUUCCAAAUGAUUUGUUCAGAUCAGCAUGAAUUCUUGCCUUAUGAAUUUUGAAAUGUAUGAGGAUAAUUGUGUGUGCGUUCUUCAGAAAUAUAUUAUCUCGGUAAAAAAUAAUAAACUUUACAUUGUCUACAUACCAUAGUUAACUGCAUGUGCUCCUGCAUAACUUGUUUAUGAUUUACAUAGUUAGAUUUGUCAGAGGAGACACAGUAACAUGCUUAUAAGUCUAUAUUGAAGCUAUUUUUUUAUUCCUUAUAAAAUAGUAGUACAUUCUGUAGUACCAUAAAAUUUACUUUGGGAGUCUGACAGCACCAAAAUAGAUGUACCAUCUACUCCUAGAUUGUUAUGAGAUAAACUGUUCACUCACAGCUUAUGAAAAAAGGAUACUGGUUGCAGCUUUCCCAUAAUAGCACUGAAUGUGCUUCUUAAACUACCCCAAAGUUUCUAUGGAACUGUAUUUUUAAAGUCAUUGAUACAUAAGUGGUUAGCUACAUAAUUGCUGCCUUGAGUUAUUUAUAAUAAA